UUUUCUUUUGGUUCAUAUCUUACAAGGAAAAAAAUCCAACCUUUAUAUAGUCUGUCCCUGCUUAUUCCAAUCAGCUGCAUUGGUACCCCAAGCACUAAACUUUCUCUCUGAAUUCCUCUUAGUCAGAGGUUACUUUACUUUGCUUGUCUGGGAAACUUCUGGUGUGAAGUACCCUGCCAGAAGUUAACUUGAAUUCAGGCCAAUGUAAGUCAAGGUGUAAUGCAAACUGAAAAAUUAGAUUUUGAUCUGGGUUUUGGGUCUGAAAUUUGAUCACUUGGGGAUUUGGAAUUUGGGGAGUGGUCAUUACUGAAGCCAAGCCAAAUUUCUGGAAAAAGAUGGAGUUCUCCAGGAUUUUUAUGUUUUGUUGUUCUGUAUUGCUCUUAUGCUCCUCCUUGGCGUAUGGUCAAGCUGCUAGUCCGCCGGCUCCUGCCGCAAUGACCCCAACUCCGACACCUGCACCAGCACCAGCACCGGCAUAUGUGAACCUCACUUAUUUACUCUCUGUGGCUGGUCCAUUUCACACUUUCCUUGACUACCUGGAGUCCACUAAAGUCAUUGAAACCUUCCAAAACCAAGCCAACAACACUGAACAAGGCAUUACAAUUUUCGUACCGAAAGACAAUGCCUUCAAGGCUCUUAAGAAGCCUUCUUUAUCCAAUAUCAGUGAUGACCAGCUUAAAUCACUGUUCCUUUUCCAUGCCUUGCCAAAAUUCUAUGCCCUGGCAGACUUCAAUGACCUCAGUGCUAAAGGUCCUGUUAGUACACUUGCUGGUGGCCAGUACACUUUGAAUUUCACAGAUAAUUCUGGCACCGUGCACCUUGAUUCAGGAUGGAGCAAAACCAAAAUUACCAGCGCUGUACAUUCAACUGAUCCUGUUGCAAUAUAUCAAGUCGAUAAGGUCCUUCUUCCUGAGGCAAUCUUUGGAACUGACAUACCUCCAACUCCUGCUCCAGCCCCAGCUCCUGAUCUUAGCCCAGCUGCAGAUACUCCAGCAGCAAAAUCCAAAGAAAGUGGGUCUUCACCCAAGUCUUCACCUUCAAACUCAUCAUCUCACAGGAUUAUGAACUUGGGCAUUGGGAGUCAGCUGGUUUUGGCAGUCUUGGGUGGGGUGGUCCUGCUCUUCUAAAAGAGGACUCCAUUGAGCCUAAUUUAUCUUCACAUGGGGAGCAUAUCUGGUUUCUCAAUUUACUUUGAUUUUUAAAACCAUUUUUUGAUUUAUAUCUUAUUGAGAUUAUGUCUUAAGAAUGUGAGUUUUGUGUUAUAAUUACUAUUUCAAUUUAAAUGGCCUCUUGCUGGAAUUCCCGUUUUCACUUGAUCA